ACGGUUGACUGAUUAUCAUUAUUAAUCGUGGAGGUGUUCUGUUUGCUAGUUACGUAGUUUUAUCAACAGUUGGAAAUCCCCAAGUUUCUAUUUCAAUUUAUGUUCAAGUUUUCAAGUUGCUUAAGUAACAGGAUGUCGGAAAUGCCAUAUUACACUCACAAUGUGUCACUCAGACUGUCUAAAGUACUUGAUGAGAUAGGAGUGAACGAAAGAAUGGUCAUAAAAAGAAGACGACUAGGGCUAAUGAAUGAAUCAAUACUUACGAUAGGACACCGAUUAAUACAUGAAGAAGAUGUAAAUGUGUAUAACUUAGGUAGUACAAUAGAAGGUACUACAACCCUUGGACUUAGUUCUGACCUGGAUAUUCUUUUCACACUUCCCAGGUACAGAGUGAUACAAGACUGGAGUGAAUGGGAACCUGGUGUAGAAAACCUGUUAAUGAUACAGGAUGAUACUGUAUCACCAGGAUAUUGCUUAUUACAGGUACUCAGACAGGAUGUUCCACUUCCAGUAGUCAAUGUCAUUAAUCAAUACUCGUAUAGAGAUAGAAUAGGAAGAGUACUAUUAAGUAAUGCAAUAGCAAAUAUCGUGAAGAUUCCUGAACAUGUUAGACAUGGCCCAGCACAAUCAAGAGAUGAAACGUCUGAUUUCUAUGGUGAUGACAUUGUCCUUGCACUUUAUUGUCAACAGUGGCCAUUUCAGGCUAGACAAUGGAUUGCUCAGCAAGGUGAAGGUCAGUGGCCUACAUUUGAUAUGAAACAAUAUUGUAAAAAUACGGGGUUUUUUGUUGUAGGAGUUGGAGGCAAAGACAGUGAAAAUGAAGAACUUGAAUGGAGAAUAUCCACUUCCCUUGCCGAGCGAUAUUUAAUGUUUAAUCUGAAUAUAACACAAAUCAGAUGCUAUGUUCUAAUGAAAAUAAUUUUAAAAUCAUUUAUAAAUACACAAUGCCCUGAUAGCGUUUCAAGUUUUAUGUGCAAAACGGUUAUGCUUCACUGUAUUUCAAUUACAGAAAACCAUUCUUGGAACGAAAACACCUUGCUUAUCUGUUUGAAUUAUUGUCUGACAAUACUUUACAAUUGUGUUCUAAAUGAUUACUGUCCACAUUUUAUCAUCCCAGAGAACAAUUUAAUGGCGAGAGGUUUUACUCCAGUAACAAAACGAAUCAUAAUAGAUACACUCUCCUACAUUAUAAGCAGUAACGGAAGUGCAUUACUUGAAAUAGAAUGUGAUCAACUUGGUUUCAGAAUUCAAAACACUUUUUUGAGGUUAGUAGAGCUUGAUCCUGAAGAUAUGUCUUGUGAGAUUUCAGGCAACCUCGUAACACAUAUUGGUCUUUAUGUCAAUGCAUUUCACUUGCUUAUCCUUAAAAUUACGAAUAAAAUCAGUCACAUAAGAGUUCUAUUACAGACAUUAUAUAAAUACCUUAUGACAUUAACUCAUUAUAUGAAUCAAGGGCAAAAUAAAGUAGCAUGUAGUGCAUUGGCUAAAUUUAUAAGCAUGCAUUUAGGUUCCGCUCUAGCUUCAAUGAACAUACAUAGUCAAGUUGGUUUAUGCCGAGAAUCUACCGUUUUGAUGUCGUUAUGUCUAAACGUUGACCUAAUAUCGAGUAAAGUGAAACUAGCAUCAAUUUUCUAUUGUACAGGAGAAAUUGAGAGGGCUGAACUUAUUUUGAAAAAUAUUGAAGAAAGUUAUGAUCUCAAUGUGAUUGAACCAAUAUGUCAUUGCUACGUUUAUAAAUAUAAAAAAUGUAAAAAGGCAUUUGAUAAGUUAUGUUAUGAAGCAGAGGAUGAAUAUACAUUGCUACAGAAUAUAACUGCAUCUUGUGUCAGGUUUCUACGAUGUGAAAUUAACUGUUGUCCUCAUGAACUCCAACAUGAAAUGUUCAGAUCAACACAACAAGACCUCUCUUUUAGAAGUGAAGAUGAUGACUGGAUGAAUUUGGCUGUGGUCGAUUCUCUGCCGUAUUUAUACUUUCUACAGUAUAAGACUUAUUCUCAUCUCAGAAGGAAUCGUGAUAAACAGGCGGCAAUUUCCAACCUUGCUAAAUGUAUUGUAGAGGAGCCAAAUUUCGGACAUAAAGAUACAGCACUAAACCUCCUGGGUCAGUGUAUGGAGCAGGAAAACAAAAUGGAUGCUGCUUUAACGUGCUAUCUGUUAUCACUGAAAAUACGAGGCAGAAAUAAUGCUGCAAAGUUUCAUAUAUGUAGACUUGUAAUCUCUGUGUUGGGCUCUGGCUUCCAUUAA